UUUCAGUAUCGUCCUUGUAUAAAAGCUCUCAGAACGAAAACCCCCCUCAUAUAAUUUUUGAACUUCGUGCCUUUGCUUUAAUUUCAAAAUGUCUUUAAAAAUGUCUGUGCCCACUCCUACGAGAAUAGAAACCUUUGUGAUAAUUAUGAGUACUUUCGCGAGCCGCAGGAGCUGCUUAAUCUUGUUUGGUCUGGUGAUGGUGGCAGUAUUGGCCGGCACAGAUUUCUUUAAAGGAAUGUACGACAUUUGCGGCGUUAAAGAAGAUUCGACAAUAUACCAGGCAGUGAUGUGUAACGUUUACGUCAUUUUGUACAUUACGUACCUACACAUCAUCACCGUACCAUCAGCCUUGCGGAAUCUGGCGUUCCUUCUCAGUUGGCCUGUAUUCACACUCUUGUUCCGACUCGCAGUGUUUUGCACGUUUGUUCCUGUUGUGAAGAUUUCGGCGACUGGAAUAAGCGCAAUGAUUGGAUGUCUGAUAGCUACAAUGAUAGUCCUUGUCGACUUUUUGCUUAUUGAAAGGCGCAAGAAAGGUACAGUAGAAGUAAUGGAAGACGCCGAAGAUGAAGAAAUAUUGGCUUAAUUAUUCAGCAUGGAGUUUAAUUUUUUAAUGGUUUUGGUAGAUUAGCUUCAUUUCACUAUAUAUAUCAAUUGUUCAACUUGGGUGUAGAUCUAGUAGAUAGUAUAGUUUGUGUGGAAAUAAAUAUAUACAUGUA